AUGUCGUCCACCCCGGAUCCAAACCUCCCUUCCAGGAUCCCCACGUACCCGCUAGCACACUCGUUCCGCCAAAAGCCCCGACGCCUCCCGCUGGUGCUGCGCUUCGCAAAAGGCUCCAUCCACGGCGCAAUCUACGUGCCCGUGAUCCUGCACUCGCUCUUCACCGCGCUGAUCGUCUACCUGGACACGUACCCGAACGUGCACAUCAGCAUCCCAGCGACCAUCAUCCCCUCCCUGUCCAUUGUCGUAGGCCUGAUGCUCGUCUUCCGCAACUCGACAUCCUACGACCGCUUCUGGACAGGCCGCAACUGCGUAACGACCGUCGGGACCAGCGUGCGCAACCUGGCCCGCACCAUCCUCGUCAACAGCCAAGACGCGGCUGGCCAGUCCUCGCCCGAAGAGCGCCGCGACACGGAGCGCACCGUCCGCGUCCUCAUCGCCGUGCUGUACGCCAUCAAGCACAACCUGCGCGCAGAAUUCAACCUGCCGCCCGCCAGCCUCGCCAGUCUCGCGCCGUCCUUUGCCUUCACCGGCGGCGUGCGCGGGGCCAGCUCGCGACCCCUCAGCCGGCCGCUCAGCCGGCGACCCAGCUACGUCGACCGCGCGUACAGCACGCCCAUGACGCCCACGCAGGACACGCCCACGGCGCACACGCCCUUGCUCAGCCACUCGACCGCCACGCUGGCCAACAGCGAGCUGGAGAGCAGCGGCGUCCUGGCCACCAAAAAGGACGACUACGCCUCCCUGCUGCCCCCAGGCCUCAUGGGCUACGAAGACCGCGGCCUCAGCCUCCCCCUGCAGCUGUCCGUCCUGCUCGAAUCCUACAUUGCCCGCGCCCACAACCGCGCCUGGAUCAACGCGCCCUUGUCCUCGCAGAUGACCGUCCAGCUCAACACCCUCGUCGCCGCCUACGGCUCCAUGGAGACCAUCCGCUCCACCCCGCUGCCCAUCGCCCACCUGAUCCACGCCUCCCAGGUCCUGCUGCUGUACGUCUGCGUCCUGCCCUUUGCCAUGGUCGAUUCCUACGGCUGGUACUCCAUCCCCGUCGUCGCCAUCGUCGCCUUCACCCUGUAUGGCAUCGAGGGCAUCGGCGUCCAGCUUGAGGAUCCCUUUGGCUACGAUCGUAACGAUAUCAAGAUGGAUGGCAUUGUCGAGGAUGCAAGGGCCGAGGUCGGCGUUUUGCUCGAGGAGUGGAGAGAGGCCAAGGAGGGCGGGAAGACGGGGCUGGGGGGCAUGUUUUGA